GGCUCAGCACAGAGGGAGGAAGGACAGCAGAGCUGACUCGUCGGAGCAGCCGUGCUUGGAGCGUUCCUGGAGCUGAAGCUCUUCUGCACAGAGGACAGAGCAGGCAGCAGGGACCAUGGAGCCCCCCUCAGUCCCCUGGCAGGGGCUCCUGCUCACAGUCUCACUUUUAACCUUCUGGAACCCGCCCGCCGCUGCCCAAGUCUCUGUGGAAUCCGUGCCGCUCAAUGCUGUGGAGGGGAAGCACGUUCUUCUACUCGUCCACAAUGUGCUACAGGAUCCUUAUGGCUACAGCUGGUACAAAGGGGACAGGGUGGGCAACAGCUACAGAAUUGUAUCAUAUAUAGUAGGCACUCAAAAAAACAGCACGGGGCCUGCAUACAGUGGUCGAGAGACAAUUUACCCCAAUGGAUCCCUGCUGUUCCAGAACGUCACCCUGAAUGACACAGGAUACUACACCCUACAGGUUAUAAAUGCAAAUCUAGAGAAUGAAGAAGUAACUGCACUGCUCCGCGUGUACGCGGAGUUACCCAAACCCUCCAUCACAAGCAACAGCUCCAGCCCCGUGGAGGAUGAGGACUCCGUAGCAUUAACCUGUGAACCUGAGACUCAGGACACCACCUACCUGUGGUGGAAAGACGGCCAGAGGCUCCAAGACAGUGACAGGCUGGUGAUGUCCCUGGACAACAGGACCCUCAUUUUACUCAAUAUCACAAGGAAUGACACAGGAUCCUAUCAGUGUGAAAACUGGAACCCAGUGAGUGGCAGCCGCAGUGACCCAGUCAACCUGAAUGUGCUCUAUGGCCCCGACGUUCCCACCAUUUCCCCCCCAGACUCCUAUUACCGUCCAGGUGCAAACCUCAACCUUACCUGCCACGCGGCCUCUAACCCGCCUGCACAGUAUUCUUGGCUUAUCAAUGGGAGUCUCCAGCCACCCACACAAGAGCUCUUCAUCCCCAAUGUCACUGUGAAUAAUAGCGGAUCCUAUGCCUGUGUCGCCCACAACUCUGCAACUGGCCGCAAUAGGACCACAGUCAAGAAUAUCACAGUUUCUGCAGAGUUACCCAAACCGUCCAUCAGAACCAACAACUCCAGCCCCGUGGAGAAUGAGGACUCCGUAGCAUUAACCUGUGAACCAGAGACUCAGGACACUACCUAUGUAUGGUGGAUAAAUGGCCAGAGGCUCCAAGACAGUGACAGGCUAGUGACGUCCCUGGACAACAGGACCCUCAUUUUACUCAAUAUCACAAGGAAUGACACAGGACCCUAUCAGUGUGAAAACAGGAACCCAGUGAGUGGCAGCCGCAGUGACCCACUCACCCUGAAUGUGCUCUAUGGCCCCGACGACCCCACCAUUUCCCCCCCAGACUCCUAUUACCGUCAAGGGGCAAACCUCAACCUCACCUGCCACGCGGCCUCUAACCCGCCUGCACAGUAUUCCUGGCUUAUCAAUGGGAGUCUCCAGAUACCCACACAAGAGCUCUUCGUCCCCAACAUCACUGUGAAUAAUAGCGGAUCCUAUGCCUGUGUUGCCCACAACUCUGCCACUGGCCGCAAUAGGACCACAGUCAAGAAUAUCACAGUUUCUGGUAAAUGAAUCCCUGGAGGAUUGGCAUUAAGUUUUGGUAU